AUGGAUGGUGUUGAAGAAGUACGUGCAGCUGGUAAAGAAGCAUUUAAAGCUUUUGAAGAAAAAGCAUUAAUGCCUUGGCACGAUGCGCGUAACCUUGAGGAAGAAGCUACAGAGGUGUUGGGAAAAGAAACUCGGUUGAAGGACACAUUAACCAAUGUUGUUAUCCCAACUUAUGAUCUCCGUACACUGCAUCCAGCUGUCUUCACUACACGCCUGGCUACGGAAGGAAACCUUGAUUUAAAAUUGACAGACGUAGUUGUCGGCUCGGCUUCUGCACCUGUUUAUUUUAGGCCCAAAACAUUUAAAGUCGGGAGCAAUGAAUACACGCUCGUUGAUGGUGGUGUCGUGGCUAACAAUCCGACACUUCUUGCUAUAAAAGAAGCAGCACAACUAUUUGGAAAUCCACGUGACUAUAGUAAUUAUCUAAUUCUAUCCCUUGGUACGGGCAAGGAAGAGGCUGUCCUUGUUGGACACGACACUAUUUCAUUCGGCGGGAGUGCCUUCGAGUGGCUCCAGUUUUUUACGGGAACACCAAAGUUGUUGGAAGUGAUAUUCGGAGGGUCCGAUGAUAUUGUAGAUGUCACCACUUCAUUCAUCCUUGGUAAACAUAAUACUCACCACAAUUAUCUGCGAAUUCAGCGAUAUGACAUGAAGCAUGAUGAGAUGGACAUCGACAAUGCGAGUGAAAAGAAUCUUCAUAGGCUAAAAGAAAUUGCUGAUGAGCUUAUUCACAAUAAGUUUCUUAAGGUUCAUGACUCGGAAACUGGCUUACUUAAAGACACACCUGAAGACGUUGCUCCCCUCAAGAUCGAAUGUGAGCUCAAGAGAUUUGCUGAAAGACUCUAUUAUGAAAGGAGAAGGCGCGAGUUUUACAGGAAGUAUUACCAUGUGAUGGUGAUUAUCUGUUUUCUAGUGUUAGUGUUCUUUGGAUUUCGUGGUGUUGGAUUCAUUUAAUUUUGAACCAAAACCACUGCUCAUAAAAAAAGGUUCACCACCUAUAUCUAUAUUAUAUUUUCAUUUUUUUCUUUUACCCUUGAUUUCAGAACAAAAAUAAGAGAGGCAUAAUCUCUCCAACAAGUGAAUGUGUAAAAAUAAGUGUGUGAUAAAUUGUUGCUCUUCGUUGUAAUGUUCUAUCCUUUCUUAUAUAAUCAAUAAAGUACAACUUUCAAUUAAUUA